UGCAGGGGCCGUGACGUCACAGCAGCCUCCGCCCUCCGCCGCUUUGCUGCAUCACCCGCUCCUGCAGCCGCCACCGCCGCCGGGACAGGCCCGGACCCCCAGCCCACACGGGAGACAUGGCCAAGGUGGAGCAGAUCCUUCAGCUGGAGCCCCAGCAUGAGCUCAAGUUCCGAGGACCCUUCACAGACGUCGUCACUACAAACCUGAAGCUUGGCAACCCCACAGACAAAAAUGUGUGUUUCAAAGUGAAGACCACGGCGCCUCGCAGGUACUGUGUGCGACCCAACAGCGGGGUGAUCGACGCCGGAUCCUCCAUCAAUGUGUCCGUGAUGCUACAGCCGUUCGACUACGACCCCAAUGAGAAGAGCAAGCAUAAGUUCAUGGUGCAGUCGAUCAUGGCACCGACAGACACCUCAGAUAUGGAGGCCGUAUGGAAAGAAGCAAAGCCAGACGACCUCAUGGAUUCCAAGCUCCGGUGUGUGUUUGAGCUGCCGUCAGAGAAUGAAAAAGCUCUCGAUGGAGAGAUAAACAAAGUCAUUUCUAGCAGUAUAACAAAGACUGAGUCCUCUCUGUCCAAAUCAAUAAGCUCCAAUCUGGAUGAUUCUGAGUAUAAGAAAGUGGUGGAAGAAAACAAGAGGCUGCAGACAGAAAUGCAGAGGCUACGGGAGGAGUACAAGCAAUUUAAGGAAGAAGACGGUUUGAGAAUGCGAAAGAUGCAGCCCACAAGCAGCCCCAACCGACCCGUCUCCGGCCUCGCGAAAGAAGAAGGAGUGAACACUCGGAUACUUGCACUGGUCAUCCUCUUCUUCAUUAUCGGCGUCAUUAUAGGGAAAGUGGCCUUGUAGACCAACGCAUGCAGAAAAGGAAAGAACCCCCCCCCCCCCCCCAUACACAAAGCAAGAAAUCAUCCUGUCGCUGGUGUAGCCAUAUCCAGAAAUAAAUUGAUUCCUAACAAUGUGUGAGCGAUGGAGGAGACGUCAAACAUUUCACAGGUGUUGCCUUUACGUUACUCCCCCCCCCCCUCCCCUCGCGCCUCCGUAACAUUCGCUUUUAGAGUCAGGUUUAAUUGCCCCCGGGGACGAUUCGUUAGGAAGAGUCCGAUUCAAAUUAACGAGCGUCACGGUUAACUCUUUAUAGUCACACUGUACAAUGUCAUUUUAAAGAAGAACACAAAAAAAAAAACAAUUUUUAACCUGCGGGUUUGUGUUGCCGGGUUAAUUCUUUUAAAAAAUAUGAAAGGAACAAAAAAAAAUUCAUCUUGAGAUCUGAUUCGCUUUUCCACCUGGGUCUCAUGCCUUUUGCCCCUCCCCUAGGCGGCUCUGGCUGUCACGGUUACAGCUGUAUACUACAUAUAUAUAUAUAUAUACACAUGACAGAGAUCUCAUAAGCCUUCCUGCUGCUCUUAUAUAACCUCCGUCUUGUCACUUGUGUGCGAAGCAGCCCCCCCGUCCCUCCCCCUGUGCCAGUCCUGUUUUUCUGUAUCCGCUGAUCUGCACUAGGGCCUGGCAGCCAUAUUGGAUAACUAAAAGCAGUAUCAUUUAUUUGGGCUGGGGAGGCAGGGCAGUCUUCCUCGUUAGUCAGUGUCCGUACCCUAAAUGCCAGCGGUUGUGUAUAUUAUUUUUUGUUUCAACUUCCCCUUUGUUUUUUGGGGCCUGCUAGCCUGGCGAGUCUCUUGCUUUUCCAGCAAAGGGACACCGGGGGGGGGCACAUAUCGGCUGUACUUUAUGCCACUGAUUUACAACCUGUAGUUGGGAUAUAACCCCAGUUGGGGCAGCCAAGCCCUAUGUUUCAGUUGCUGCACCUUCUUUUUGUUAAUGACGCCCCGAGGCUGGAAAAGUGUUAUGUUCAGGGACCAAUUUGAAGGAAUAGCCGUGCUCUGAUGAAACCUUGCAGUAUACAGUAGCUGUGUUUAAGGUGCUACGCCCUGUCCUUCUAGGCCCUUCUCCCAUGCGUCUACACCCAGUCCAGUCCAUCUAGGCCCUUCUCCCCUGCUUGUACACCCAGUCCAUCUAGGCCCUUCUCCCCUGCGUGUACACCCAGUCCAUCUAGGCCCUUCUCCCCUGCUUGCACACCCAGUCCAUCUAGGCCCUUCUCCCCUGCUUGUACACCCAGUCCAUCUAGGCCCUUCUCCCCUGCGUGUACACCCAGUCCAUCUAGGCCCUUCUCCCCUGCUUGUACACCCAGUCCAUCUAGGCCCUUCUUCCCUGCGUGUACGCCCUGUUCAUCUAGGCCCUUUUCCCCAGCAUAUACACCCAGUCUAUCUAGGCCCUCCUCCCCUGCGUGUAUGCCCAGUCCAUCUAGGCCCUCCUCCCCUGUGUGUAUGCCCAGUCCAUCUAGGCCCUUCUCCCCUGUGUGCCAUCAGUGUUUUCUGUCAUGCUGUAUAGAACCCCCCCCGUUCUAUAGAGCAGAUUGUACCCACAUAUCAAACCAGAGGGGGGCCCUGCGACUGACCCCACAUACUGUCUUUUUGGCAUCUAUAUAUCUGUGGCCAUAAUCAGUCCCCUAGUAUAAAGGCCCUGUAUCCUUUGCUUGGCAACCAGCCUGUAGGUGACAGGGGCCUAGGAACGGCCGUGGGUGUAUAACUGUUAAGUGCAGGAUCCCCCCCCAAAUUAAAGGGAAAUAUCAGUUAAUUCUGAUUGGUUGUGGGGCAGGGUGGGUGUGUCCAGAAGCCCGUAUGUAUAUGCAUGUGUAUACAUGUACCUAAUGUACCUAUGCAUACACUCAUAUUUAUUCACACAUCCCACAAUAUAGCGUUGUACCUGUGGUGUCUGAUCCGGGGGGGUAGGGGGGGGCGUUUGAGACCGAUGUAUAUAAUUUCCGGGCGAUAUUCGGGUUUAUUUAGCGACCUAUAGGGCAGCCAUAAAGUGGUGUUUGUUUUACUUUCUGCCAAACAUACUAAGAAUCUUCCUGGGGCAGAAUGGCACCCCCACCCUUCCCUAUAGGACCCCCCCUGAUGUAAAUUAAAUCUUUCAAAACAUUU